AUGACCUCCAAUGCUGGAUCACCUCCAGCAACGGCAACAGCAGCGACACCCGUGGAUGUCAAGCCAAUUCUUUCGCGACAGCCCUCUCUAUGUAUGAAACCCGCUCAGACCCCUCCCGCUGCAUCCCCCAGCUCAACAUCAUCCUCGGCACCAUUAUCUCUCACCAGUAAAGAAUGGAUCAUACCUCCCCGUCCCAAGCCAGGUCGGAAGCCGGCGACGGAUACACCACCGACCAAGCGCAAGGCUCAGAAUCGUGCGGCUCAAAGAGCAUUCCGCGAAAGACGUGCCGCUCGAGUGGGAGAACUCGAAGAACAUCUGAAGCAAGUUGAGGAAGAGCAUGAACACGAACAAGAAUUGUUGAGGAGGACCAUUGAGAAACUUGAGAAGGAGGUCGAACAAUAUAGAGUCGACCUCGUCAACUGGAUGGACCGUUGCCACCAACUCGAGGGUGAAUUGGCGGCUCUCAAAUCGACACCGGCAGCUCCGCGGUCCAGCCAAGAGACAACGUCCCAAGACGAGCCUCCUGCAUCUGCCGAUACUGAGAUAAACGAUAAUGCCGUUGGUUGCGGAAAUUGCACCUUAGACACGCGUUGCCAAUGCAUCGACGAUGCUUUCACAGCGAUGGGAGGUGAAGCGGCCACCCUGGCUCAUCAACAAGAGAAACGUCCUCAUUCCCCGGCCCCAGCAGCUGGAGAGAAAAGGAUCAAACUCGAACCCGAGGAAGCCAUGGAAAUUGACUUCACCGCCGUCUACGCCUCGAAGCACGCCACCGGCGUACCUCGACCAGAGGACAGAUCUCCAACCUCGGCCGUGGCAGAUCCUUGUGGAUUUUGCACCGACGGUACCCCGUGUAUUUGUGCCGAAAUGGCAGCAGAACAGGAACAAGUACAGGAGCAAGCCACUUCCUCUGUAAACACCAGCAGACCGACAAGAACAGUGGAGGCUGAUCCACCGAGACAACUCGAUCAAUUCACUCCCCCUCCAUCAGAGGGUGAUGUCUCCAUAUCCAUCCCGGCAGCAGGCAGCCCAGACCCAGGAUGUGCUUCAGGACCGGGAACAUGCGCCCAAUGUCGCACUGAUCCAAACAGUACACUGUUCUGCAAGUCUCUAGCUGCGUCUCGCGCCCAGGCCGCGAAUGCACGAACGGGAUGUGGGGGCGCACCAACGCCCGGCGCUUCAUACCGACAGAGUCAGGAUCACAAUGAUUCUGCUCCCUUGCCGGCUCGAACCACCCGGUCCCGCGCUGCUGCCGGCCCUUUCCACCACCGUACUCACCUCGCUUCAGGCGUAACACUCACUUGCGCCGACGCAUACACCACAUUAAGUCGACACCCGGCUUAUGAACGCGCGAGCGGUGAUAUUGCAAAUUGGUUGCCCAAGCUACAUGCGAGUGACGCAAAUCCUACGAUGGUGGGACGGCCAGCGCUGGAAAUCGACGCUGCCAAUGUCAUGGCUGUGCUUAAAGAUUUCGAUCGCAGAUUUGGUCAGAAUUGCUGA